CAAAACCCAAAGAAACUUCCGCACACAAAAACAGAGAAGAACAAAAACACAAAAUCGAGAGAGAGAUCGAUUAGCGAUGAGGAAAAUGGAAGCGAAGAAGGAAGAGAUAAAGAAAGGUCCAUGGAAAGCCGAAGAAGACGAAGUACUCAUCAACCAUGUCAAGAGAUACGGUCCUCGUGAUUGGAGCUCCAUUCGAUCCAAAGGUCUUCUUCAACGCACCGGCAAAUCCUGUCGUCUUCGUUGGGUCAAUAAACUCCGUCCCAAUCUCAAAAAUGGAUGCAAGUUCUCGGCUGACGAAGAGAGGACUGUGAUUGAGUUACAAUCUGAGUUUGGUAACAAAUGGGCGAGAAUCGCUACGUAUCUACCGGGAAGAACUGAUAACGAUGUGAAGAAUUUCUGGAGUAGCAGACAAAAGAGACUCGCUAGGAUUCUUCAUAACUCCUCUGAUGCAUCGAGUUCGAGUUUCAAUCCCAAAUCUUCUUCUUCUCAUCGACUCAAGGGCAAAAACGUCAAACCAAUCCGUCAAUCCUCUCAGGGUUUUGGUUUGGUUGAGGAAGAGGUUACAGUUUCUUCUUCAUGUUCCCAGAUGGUUCCUUAUUCAUCUGAUCAAGUUGGUGAUGAAGUCUUGAGGUUGCCGGAUUUGGGUGUUAAGUUAGAGCAUCAGCCUUUCGCUUUUGGCACUGAUCUUGUCCUAGCAGAGUACUCUGACUCACAGAAUGAUGCAAAUCAGCAAGCAAUCAGCCCUUUCUCUCCAGAAAGCAGAGAGCUUUUGGCUAGACUUGACGACCCUUUUUACUAUGAUAUACUUGGACCAGCUGAUUCUUCUGAGCCAUUGUUCGCUCUCCCUCAGCCGUUCUUCGAGCCUUCGCCUGUGCCGAGAAGAUGCAGACAUGUUUCAAAGGAUGAAGAAGCUGAUGUUUUCUUAGACGAUUUCCCAGCUGACAUGUUUGAUCAGGUUGAUCCAAUCCCAAGUCCUUAGAUUGUUGAUUUUUUGUUUGUAGAUGGUUUCCUUUGUGUGUUUAGGUCUAUAAUCUAACUACAUUCUUAUGUAAUGACAAUUCUUGUUCCCUUGUUAUUAUGUGAAGGA